AUGUCUCAUAAUAAAAGGAAGCUUGAACAAAGUAAUAAUGGUGAUGAAAAAGGAAUUAUAAGAGAGGGAUAUGCAAAAGAAUUGCAUUACCAAAUUCUUCAGAGACUUAAACUAUCAGAGACACUUAGGAGAAUUUUAGAGAUAUACAACAAACUUGUUCGCCUUAAUAGACAACCAAAAAUUUCAACUAUCCUCUGUGGUAUAUCAGAUGACUGUUUAAGUUCUUUAGGUAGAUGUCAGAAAUUUCAUGGUGAGAAUUAUUUACCUGAUUUGUUAAAGAUAUUAGAAAUAUUUGAAGAAGAUAUAGAGAUGAUCGCAUUUAAUAAUGUUUGUGUAAAUAUAAGAGAACUUUCAUUAUCAGCAUUAGAUAAGUAUACUAUAAUAUUUAAAAGUAAUAAUAGAGUGAAUAAUAAAAUAUUAUCAAGAAGUGUAAUGGAUAAAUUGUCAAGUAAACUGAUUGAUUACUUAUCCAAGGAGUCUAUAAAUACGAACUUAGUUUCUUUAAACAAUAACAGGCUAUCAGAAAAUAAUGAAAUAAGAGAAUCACCUUUAAAAAUAAGACCAAAGUCUGAAAUAUUAAUAAAUGAAAAAGAAUCAUUAGAAAUUUCUUCAGAAGACGAAAUAUUACAUAUUAAAAAGAGAGUACAACAAAUAAAUAACUUCAAUUCAAAUGACUUAGAUAGACUUCACAGUAUAGAGGAAGUAGCAAAUUUCAUAGCAAACAGUAAUAUACUAAAUGGUAAGAUUUGUUAUAGAAAAAUUGAAGAGAAAAAGGAUCCUGUAUAUUGUGAAUCAAAUGAUGAUAUAUAUAAUAUAUUGCAUGAACAAACUCUUAUUGCUCUUGAGAAAUUUAUAAAUACUGGAAAGGAUAGUAAUACUAUAAAUAAAAGAUUUAAGUUUUAUAUUCAUCAAUCUAAGGCAAUUAAAAGUAUUCUUAUAGAAAGAAAGCAUACAAUACUAUCAACUUCAACAUCAAGUGGUAAGUCUCUCUGUUAUAUAAUCCCAGCUAUAGAAUAUUAUCUUGAAGAUCCUAAAUCUAUAACUUUAAUAUUAUUUCCAACUAAAGCCCUAGCUCAGAAUCAAUUUAAUUCAAUAAGUAGAUUGAUUUCAUAUUUUUUAGAGAAGCCGGUAUUAGGAAUGUUAGAUGGAGAUACUGAGAAAAAUAAACGUUUUGAUAUAGUUACAAAAAGUAAUAUUAUUUUAUCAAAUAUUGAUUUUAUACACUGGAAUAUUGAUUUUAUUGCAAGCAGUAUAUAUGACAAACUUCGUCUAUUUGUAAUGGAUGAGGUUCAUGUGUAUAAUGGACAAUAUGGUUCAAAUGCCAGUUUAGUAAUUAGAAGGUUUAGACGUUCAAUAACAUAUUUUCUGCAGAAAACUGUAGAGAUAUCAACAAUAAACAGUGAAUUUAAUAUUAAUAAUAAAAGUUUUCCAAUAUAUAUAUCUUGUUCAGCUACAAUUUUUAAUCCUUUACAACAUUUCAAUACCUUAACUGGUAUAUCAUUAUAUAGUAUAAAAGGCUAUGAAACAUCUAAAAGUGAACAGAAUAAUGAAAGAACAAAUGAUAAUACUUCAAAUACUUUAAAUAAUGUACAAAAUAUUACGCUUAUUGAAGAGGAUUAUUCAUUAGCAUCUAAAUGUCUAACUAUAAUUUGGGAUAGUAACGUUUUUAAUAUUGCAAACUCACAGGUAGUUAAACCACAAUGUGACUCUAUAAGAUCUAAUUCAAAUUAUAAGGAAUGUCUUAAUUUAUUGCUAGAGUUGUAUUUUCUAAAUAAAUCAACUCUAGUAUUUUGUAAAAGGAGAAAACAAGCUGAAAUGAUGAGAAAUGACUUACAAAAUUUGAUAUCAAAGAUUGAAAAUAUCAAAUCCAAAGAUCAGAAAGGUUCUAUUUUUAAAUUUAGUAGUGAUUUGAAAGAUAGCUAUAAUAAUAAUAGUCAAGAUUAUAUGGAUUUAGAAAAGUUAAGUGAAAUUAAUUCUGAACAUGUGUACAAUAUAUUUGAUGAAACUACAAAAUAUUCUAGACUAUCUGACAAUUGUAGAAAUAAAAUAAUUAUAUAUCGUGGUGGACUACCAGUUCAAAAAAGGAGAGAAUUAGAGUCUUUAUUAUUUGAAGGAAAGGUAAAGAUAGUAUUUUGCACAUCUGCGUUAGAAUUAGGAAUAGAUAUUCAAUCAAUCCAUUGUGUAUUAACAUAUGGAUUUCCUGACUCAAUAAAUAGAUUAAAACAACAGUUUGGUAGAUGUGGAAGAAAUCCAAAUAUUGAAGGCUUAAGGAUUUUAUUUUUAGAAGAAAAUUCACCUAUAGAUUUGUACUGGAGAGAUCACGGAGAUGAGCUUUUAUCUAAACCUAAUGAACCAUGUAUUAUUAAUCCAUAUAAUCCACUAUUGUUAAUUCUACAUAUUGCAUGCUGUACUAAUGAAGCAUAUAAGAAUUUUCAAAUAAAUAGGGAUAAAUUAUAUUUUGGAAGUCAUAUUAUUGAGUUGUUAGAGAUUAUUGAUAUACUAAAAAUAAGAGGUGAAAUUAAGAUUUUAAAAAAUCAAUUCUACUUGGAAAAUAAAGUUACAGAUAUAUAUAAUGAUGAAAAACAAACUGAAUUGGAUUUUGAUUUAGACUAUAACAAUUUAGAUGACAAAGUUACUGAUUUGAACAACUGUAGUAUAUACCAUACUAACAAAACAAAUAUAAUUAACGUAGAGGGCUUGCCUUGUAAGAAUUAUUCUUGUAUAAAAUAUGCAACAAAUUUAUUCUGGGUAUAUGACUGGGAUUUAGUGGAGUCAAAAUGUAAUCAUUUUCAAUUUGAUAAAUACAUUAAUAAGUCAAUCAAUUUGAAUUUAUUUUCUUUGCUACUAACUAAACAAGAUACAGUUAUAAAAUCUUUAGUUGAUGUUUACCAAAGAACUCCUAUAAGAGGUGGGGAAUUUGAAGUUUUUAUAUAUAAUGAAGAGAAUAAAUUAAUUGAUAAGUUACCUAUUAUUACUUGUAUAUGGAAUGCUCAUCCAGGAGCUAUUCAUUAUGUUAAUGGCAUUUCCUAUGAAAUUGAAAAACUUGAUAUAAGAAAUCGUAGAGGUACUGCUAUUAGAUACAAACCAGAAGAUUUACAACGAUCCUAUAAAACAGUAUCAGAUGGAGAGGUGUCAAUGGAAAUGUUUGGGGAAGGAAUAAGAUAUACAACUCAAAAUAAAAUAAAUUUCUACUUUGCCCUAUCAAGGGUUACAAAUUCUGUCUACUCAUUUACUACUAAAGAGUUCAUUAAUAAUCAAUGGCAAUAUAUUAAAGAAAGAUAUCUGAAAAGUCCAAUUCAAUAUUCCUUCAACACAUUUGGAUUGCAAAUAAGAUUUCGAUUAGAUAGUCUAAUAGAUAUUCAUGAAUUAAAUAAAGGUAUACAUUCUUGUACUCAUAUUAUAAUGAAUACAUUUCCGUUAGUAUCUACUAAUUUCCCUAUACUAGAUCUUGAAUGUGAAUGUCCAGAUAUAUAUAUUUCAAGUGGAAAGAACAGGCAAUCAGAUGUUGUAACUUUACUAUUUUAUGAGAAUAAAAUAAACGGCAACGGAUGUCUGAGUCAGGUAAUUGGAAUAAACUCUCAACCAAUUAAUGGAAAAACUGAUACAUAUACAGGUAAAGUAAAUAUUGAGGUUGUUGCAAAUAGAGCUUUAGAGAAUUUAUUAUCAUGCAUUUGUGAAAAUGGAUGUUUCAAGUGUGGAAUGUAUAUAAAUACAUGCAAAAAGAAAAAUAAACACUUCAAUAAAAAGAUAAGUAUAGAAAUUCUUAAAAUAUUAUCAAUAGGAGCAAAUAAUAAUUCAGAAAUAUCUAGAGAUAUUAAAUAA